UUAUGUCAAGCCCUCAUUUUCUGCCUUGAAAAGAAAGGUGUCUAGACCUGUACAAGCCCAAGCUAGCAGCCCUUGCACAUUCUAGUCUUUCUUGUCAAUACAGAGAGAGACAACCCAAGGAGGAAGAACCUUCAACAGUUGAAGAGAGAAGAGAGAAGAGAGAAGAGAGAGAGAGGGUCUCUCAAUUUCACACGUGUGAUGAUUCAAAAAAGAGGAAGGAAAUACUACUACCAUUAAAAUAACACGAGAGGUACUAGCUAGCUAGUUAAAUAAAACGGUCAGUCAGGGGGGGGUUGUUAACUACUUUUAAGCCUUCUCAGUUCUCUCCCCUCCCUGGAGUCUCACAGCAGACAAAGAAAGAUAUAGCUCUAAUUAAAGCACCCUUGCUGAUCCUUGCUGUUUUCAAGAGACUUAACUUGCAUCUCUCCAUCCAUUCCUUCAUCUCUCUCUGUCAAACUUAGCUUCUUAUCUUUAGAGUUUAGACUCCCACAGGAUGAUGACUUUAUGUACAGUUGUGUAACAGCAUCUGUCAGAGAAAUUAAGAAAUGAAGGCAUGGCCAGGAAGAGUGUUCUAUAUGCAACACCAUAUAAUAACAGCAGAAAUGUCCUUGCUUGUUACUCUUCUAGUGCUCCCUCGUCUUCCUCUUCCUCUCCUUGCUCUUCAAUGGGGAUGGUUUAUACAGACAUUGGUUCUCUCUCUCUUAGUCCCAACUUUGGAAUGACAACACCUGCCUCUUCUUCUCAUGAAAUGGAAAACGGGAGGCUCACUUGGGGUUUUCCUUUCAUGGCAAACUAUCAUGCUAGCAGUGAUGCUGUUGCGGAGGUUAAGGUCUCUGAUUGCAGUGAUGGAUUUGGAGAGAACAAUGAGACUAUAAAUCACAAUGCUAACUCAUCACAUGAAGAGAACCCUAAUGAAAAUAUGAUAAGUGGCAGGGAAACAGAUAGUGGGCAGUCAAAGCUUUGUGCAAGAGGGCAUUGGAGGCCGGCAGAAGAUACCAAGCUGAAGGAACUUGUGGCUCUUUAUGGUCCUCAAAAUUGGAACCUUAUAGCUGAGAAGUUGGAAGGUAGAUCAGGUAAGAGCUGCAGGUUAAGGUGGUUUAACCAGCUGGAUCCAAGGAUAAACAGAAAAGCUUUCACUGAAGAAGAAGAGGAGAGACUAAUGCAAACUCAUAGACUUUAUGGUAACAAAUGGGCCAUGAUAGCAAGACUUUUCCCUGGAAGAACUGAUAAUGCAGUCAAGAACCACUGGCAUGUCAUAAUGGCCAGAAAAUUUAGAGAACAAUCAAGUGCUUACAGGAGAAGGAGGCUAAGUCAAUCUGUCAACAGAAGAAUGGAGGAAAUUCCAAGCUUUGUCGGUAGAGAUGCAGGCAUGAAAGCAGAACAACCACCAUGUUGUCCCAACAUCCCCAGUGCUGGAGGAUUAAAUAACUUAUCGUCUUACCGAAUUGUAAACUUUAAUGGUGCUGGUUGCGGUGGGGUUGACAACGGCUUAAAUGGAUCCCCCCACAUGACCAUUGAGGGAGAAGCAGUCUCAAGCAUUAAGGUCCCUCAAAGUGGGUUUUGUGCACAACAGACACCUUUUGAUUUCUUCUUUGAUCCCAAAAGUAAAGACAUGCUGGGCAUGUUCAGCCAAACCAGAUCAUGGGAUAGGCCAAAUGAAGAGCCCCACAUUUCUGGUUUUUAUCCCCAACAUUACCCUCCAUACUUAAUGGCAACGCAACAGUCAAACUACCAAAACCCUUAUUGUUUCUCAGAUUUUACAGCGUCAACAUUACCUCAAGAAGUUUCAGUCAGUCAGCCAUCACCUUCAUCACCAUCAGUGGCAGAUCAGAGCAGAGUUAGCGGCCAUUUUGAGACUGUUGCACCACCAUUCAUUGACUUUCUCGGGGUAGGAGCCACAUGAAGUCAGAAGUAUAGCGAAAGAAAAGAAAAGAAAAAAGGCUGAAAAGGGUUAUUGUUUUUCGCAGAAAUCAUAUCAGAGAGGUGCUUAAUGUGGAUGUGCUCCAAUAUAACCGAGAGGCCAUUAGAGGAAAAGGUGAAGGGAUUGUAGUUAAUUGUUGCAGUUGGAUGGCAGAAGAUAAAAUCUGCAUCAGUCUUUUGAUGUCAUGUCGCCCCAGCAUCUUUUUCUUCUUCUUCCUCUUCUUCUUUUUUGUGUAGUAAAAUCUUCUGCUCUCACAUGAGACCCUUUCGAAGGGUAAAACAAAUAAACUUGAUUAAUGAUGAGUAUUAUCCUUUCUGUA